AUAUGGACUAAGAUCUAUUAAAAUAAAUGUAGAAAUAUUUCUUUUUCUCUCUAAAAUGGAUAAAAUAUUAUAAUCUCUUCCAUAAAAUACUUCGUUCACAAAUAAUUCUACAUAAAUUUAGGACCCGGAAGUUCAAGGCCGUAGUAAUGGCCGCUCCCAUGAUUUUUAUUGCGAAUGUUUUGUUUACUUAGUAAUUUCACGCUUCUUUGACUAAAAUAAUUGCUUAUUCAUGGAUAUUGUGAAAUUUACACAGUCGUCUCUCUGAAAACUGUCUCUGAUGAUAAAAAACAAUGUCUAGAGCACCGAACGACAAUAAUUUGACAACGUACAAACUGGUGGUUGUUGGAGAUGGAGGUGUGGGGAAAAGUGCGCUUACAAUACAAUUCUUUCAGAAGAUGUUUGUGGUAGAUUAUGAUCCAACGAUUGAGGAUUCAUACAUACAACAUACUGAAAUAGACGGAGAAUGGUGUAUACUUGAUGUUCUCGAUACAGCUGGUCAGGAAGAGUUCAGUGCUAUGCGUGAGCAGUACAUGCGUAAGGGAGAUGGUUUUAUGCUUGUAUACUCUGUGACUGAUCCAGCAAGCUUUGAAAACAUGUCAAGCUUCCAUACACAAAUUCUAAGAGUUAAAGACAAAGAUGCUUACCCAAUGUUGCUUGUAGCUAAUAAAAUAGAUUUGGUCCGGCAAAGGAAGGUCUCGGAGGAACAGGGGAGAGCACUGGCUGCUCAUUUAAGGCUACCAUAUAUUGAAACAAGUGCUAAAGAUCCGCCUGUCAAUGUAGAUUUGGCCUUCCAUGAUGUUGUUCGAGUGAUAAGACAACAACCAAAAGAAUUCAAGAAACAGCUCAAAACACACAAAGGAAAGCGGCGGAGAUGUACAAUACUAUAAAUGUUUGUUAAAAUUUGACCCGUUAUAUAAAUGAAGUGUUUCUUCCUUCCUGAUAGAAAGAAAUAGGUUAUUUGAAGUCACCAAUGUGCCAUUGUCCAUUAGAAAGCCCAGAAGAGUUUAGCAUUUACUUAGAUGAAAUACUAAUACUAGAUGAAAUUACUUGCAUUUACAUACAGUACAACCUGUGUAGAUAUAACACUGUAUGAAUGGCUAAAAUAUCUGUGUGGUACAGAGUUUGUUGCUUUAGAGAACUUUAUUUAUCAGGAGCAUUUUCCUACCAGAAUACAUGUGUGUCUUUCUAGGGAGAGCCGUUAACACAAGUUUUGCUGUAUUGUGUAGAGAAAAAGCAUUUUUACUUUUGACUUUAUUUAAGUAACUCAGGUUUUACAUUUUCUAUAUGAUUCUAUUUGAUGUGAGUUGAAUGUGGAUUUUGAAGAUUUUAUAUACUAGAUAGAUAGAUAGGUAAGCAGAACAGACAUGUAAUACAGCUUCUACUGUUGAUUAUGUAUCAUUUCCAUACAAAAGUAAAAAAAAAAAUCAUUGACAUAACAACUUGUAAUGUUAGCAUAUAAAAAUAUGUGUGACAUUGACUUUGUCAUUUCCUUGUAUCGAUUUUGUCACUGAAUUUAGAAGGUACACUCAACCCUGCAUAUAAGUACCACUCUUACAAAAACAGUUGUUUUUGUUGGGGGAUGGUCUUUAUUCAAGCCCCGUUAAUGUUAAACUUGGGGAAUACAAUAAGAGGUAUUUACAAGCUGUUCUAUUACAAAGGUUGUCUGAAACACAUGCUUUACUGUAUUUAGAUAUUGUUUGUUUGAAAAUGCUGUCUGUACACAUAAACAGACUGAAAAACAAAACGUGUUGCAUCAUGGUGCUUUAUUCAACAUAUUCUAAACAUUUUACAGUAGCUCUUGAAUGGUGUACCAUUACAAACUGUAUUCUCUAAAAGUGGAUGAAACUUUAAUUUUUAGCUCAUCUGAUUUUUUUGAAAAAAAAAUGAUUUAUUGUCAUCACUUGAGCGGUUUUCGGCGUCGGCGUUGCCUGGUUAAGUUUUAUGUUUAGGUCAGCUUUUCUCCUAAACUAUCAAAGCUAUUGCUUUGAAACUUGGAAUACUUGUUCACCAUCAUAAGCUGACCCUGUAUAGCAAGAAACAUAACUCCAUCUUGCUUUUUGCAAGAUUUAUGGCCCCUUUUGUACUUAGAAAAUAUCAGAUUUCUUGGUUAAGUUUUAUGUUUAGGUCAACUUUUCUCCUAAACUAUCAAAGCUAUUGCUUUGAAACUUGGAAUACUUGUUCACCAUCAUAAGCAGACCGUGUACAUCAAGAAACAUAACUCCAUCCUGCUUUUUGCAAGAUUUAUGGCCCCUUUUGGACUUAGAAAAUAUCAGAUUUCUUGGUUAAGUUUUAUGUUUAGGUCAACUUUUUCUCUUAAACUAUCAAAGCUAUUGCUUUGAAACUUGCAACACUUGUUGACCAUCCUAAGCUGACCCUGUACAGCAAGCAACAUAACUCCAUCCUGCUUUUUGCAAUAAUUAUUGCCCCUUUUGGACUUAGAAAAUCAUUUUCUUGGUUGAGUAUUAUGUUUAAGUCAACUUUUCUCAUAAACUAUCGAAGCUAUUGCUUUAAAACUUGCAACAGUUUUUCACCAUCAUAAGUGUACACUAAACACCAAGAAACAUAACUCUAUCCUGCUUUUUGCAAGAAUGAUGGCCCUUUUUAGACUUAGAAAAUCAUGGGUAGGACAAUAUUUCUAUUACACAAAAAAAAUCAGAUGAGCGUCAGCACCCGCAAGGCGGUGCUCUUGUUUGUUGUGUUUUGGUUUGGAAUUUAGAAGGUACUUCCAUUUCCUGUAAAUGAAAUUGUAAACACAUGAUUCAUUGACACGGUUGUACCAAAGAUUUCUAUCAGGAAAGAAAUUUAGGUUUACAUUAUAGUUAUGAAGUAGCAACUUAAGAUGUUUAAUGAAAUUGCUAGAUAAAUGUUAUAACUAUAUUGUUAGCUCGACUAUUCAUAGAAUAGUAGAGCUAUUGGACUCGCCCAUGCGUCGGCGUCCGCGUCCCGAUUUGGUUAAGGUUUUGAAUAUAAGCUGGUAUCUCAGUAACCACUUGUGGGAAUGGAUUGAAACUUCAAACACUUAUUCAUUGUGAUAAACUGACCUACGCUGCACAGGUUCCAUAACUCUAUUUUGCUUUUUUACAAAAUUAUGCCCCUUUUUCGUCUUAGAAAUUUUUGGUUAAGGUUUUGUAUGUGAGCUGGUAUCUCAGUACUUACUAAUGGGAAUGGAUUGAAACUUCACAUACUUGUUCACUGUCAUGAUCUGACAUGCACUAAGCAAGUCCCAUAACUCUACUCUUUUUUUUUUUCAAAAUUAUGCCCCUUUUCCGACUUAGCAGUUUUUGGUUAAAUUUUUGUAUGUAAUCUGAUAUCUCAGUAUCCACUAAUUGGAAUGGAUUGAAACUUCACACACUUCUUCACUAUCAUGAUCUAACAUGCACUGUGAAGGUCCCAUAACUCUACUUUGCAUUUUUACAAAAUUAUGCCCCUUUUUUGACUUAGCAGUUUUUGGUUAAGUUUUUGUAUGUAAGCUGGUAUCUCAGUAUCCACAAAUUGGAAAGGAUUGAAACUUCACACACUUGUUCACUGUCAUGAUAUGACAUGCAGUACAGAGGUUCAAUACCUCUACUUUGCAUUUUACAAAAUUAUGCCCCUUUUUCAACUUUUGUAUUAAUUCAGUUGACAAGGCUGUUGAAUAGUCGAGCGUUGCUGUCCUCUGACAGCUCUUUUUUUUAUUAUGAUGUGCAACCUGAAUGUAUGUGUCCUUAAGAAAUCUGAGAUUGUUAUUUUACUGUUAUAGCAUCAAGUGCCUGAUAUUUCAUGAGUUGAUUGCAAAACUGUUUGAUCUCCAUCUUUGUUUUACAAUGAACUUUGUGUUAGUUGUGUUGUUUUUAUGCAAGUGAUGAUAGGAGAGAUUGUACCAGGGACCAAGAUGAUCUCCAGAUAAUUGUAUAUAUGAUUAUAAUAUGUUUUAGUGUUCACAGUAGGAUUUCCUGGCUCCAGAGUUAAAUGCUUCUUACUCAAAUUUCUGCAUUUUUCAAGUGGAAGUUUUUUUGUUUGUUUUAAUAAGAAAAGUCAUAGUAACUGGUACUGAAAGAAGUUAAGUCAAAAUUCUGUUUCUCCAUGAUCAGCAAAACAUUAAAAAAUAAAUAUAUAAAAAAUAUGGUACAGUUUUCUGCAUAAUAUAAUUUGAAAACAAAAAAAUUGAAUACUUUCCACAUUACCGCAGUACCACUUCAUACAUUAAAUAACUUAGGGGAAAUGUUAUCAUGGACAAGAGGUUUUACUCUGAAGACAGUUUAGUCUAGAAUUCACAUAGUAAGUAAGAAAAGAGGCAUCUCAAGGAAGUUCUACUGGUAUUGAAAUUAUAGUGAAUGUCAAAUUUUGGAAACAAUCUCAGGGUGAAAAUGAAUAUCGGUGACAUAUAUUUAAAAACUUAAAUCUACAUUCUAUGGGAUUUUGAUAAGUUUAUUUAACAUUUAUUAUUGUUGUUGGGAAUUGCACUUGUUUUGUAGGUACUUGGUUCUUUUUCAGCACUUUGAAUAUUUUUCCCUACGGUGUGAUUCUAUAUUUUGAUUUACCUAGCACUUUUUGUGAAGCAUAAUUUUACUAGAAAGGUUGUUAAAAAUCCAAGAUGGCAGAUGUUUUUAUCUUUAUGUUGAUUUGUUUAUACACAAUAUAUAAAACAGAUAUAAACUUUAUAUAUAUUAUGUUUUUUCAUAUAUGUUCAUAUUUUAUAUAUGUUUGUACUUUUUGGUUGUUACAUUGUUCUGUACGUUAUAAGGCUGUAUAGUGUCUGAUAGUCACAUACACUUCCUCAUUUAUAAAAUAUAGUUGACAGUUGCUGCAAAUAUCUCAUCUCUUGGUCCUGAUUAGCUUAGUAGGAAGAACACAAUACUAGGGACUAGGGAUUGAGUUCGAUCCCCCUACCCUUUCUUCCCAGGUGCAUUCUAUGCACACCAUGACCAUUUUACAGAAAACAAUGUGUCUGAAGUCAUUUUUCCUCUGCCUCCAAGGCAUGCGAAAAAGAUAUUACUGGUUCAGAGUCCAGCAACAUUUGGUAGGUUAACUGUCUGCCAUUGCAUAAAACAAAUAAUGACAAAAAAAUGUGUUAAACAAAGUAAACAUUUCAUUUCUUGGUCAUUAUAAAUGGAAAUCAGCGAGUUUUAUGCAGUGUUUUAUGAUAAAACACUGUGAAAUAUGUUGGAAUGUAGUUAUUUACAGUAAAAUCUAGCAAAUAUCUGUCAACAAUGUCUGGAUUGUGUACAUAGAGCUGCUGUUGAUCAACAAGUGCAUUAUAACUUUGAAUGAGUAAAUGUUUUUCUUUUUUUUUUUCCUGAUUUUAUUUUAUAUAUCCAAAACGUUUUUUUAACUGUUAUUGGAAUUAACAUCCUUUUAGCUAGACUGUUAAAAGAACAGUGAGAGCUAUUCUACUCGCCCAUGCAUUAGCGUCACACCUUCAUUUAAGCCUUAUCUCAAUAACCAUUGCAUGUAUUGAAUUAAAACAUCACAGAGGGCUUUCUAGUCAUCAAAACCUACUGCAGUAUUCAAGAUAGAUAACACUUGGUUGAAUUUAAGUGCAAAUUACAGCACUUUUUUUACUUACAAUUUUUGGUUAAAGUUUUUCUUACUGAUAGACUGGCGUAAUCUGUAUGACCCAGGGCUUUCUGUAGGUUCUGAAACUCAAGAGUCAUUGACUCUUCAGCCAAAAUUUUCAAGGAUCAAAAUCAGAUUUUCAAGAGUCAAGAUCAGCUUUUGAGGGGUCAAGCUACAUGUAUACUGUUAUUAAUGCAACUCCCACAGACUUUAUCUAAAACAAGUACAUUAGUCAUAACAGAUUUUCUUAAGCAAUUCAUAUUUUAGUUGUCUUAUUUUGCACAUUGCCUAAAAGUGGGUGGGGUUUGGUGCUUUGCAUGAUUUUAUUCUCGGCAAAUUCUUCUAAAUAAGAGCUGCUUCGGAAACAGUGAUCAUAUUUUUCUUCAAUGCAGACUUUUUAUUGGCUUUUUAUUCAGAUUGUACUAGAAAAAUCUUGUUAGAAAUGAUAAAAAUGUCCGAAAAUGGCGGUCGCGAAAACGAGUGACAAAUACGGAAAACGAAAGUAAACAUUUAAAAUUCUUGAAAAAAAUAACUGUUUUAAAUUUCAUUUUUUCAUCAUACCUCGUAUAAUUUCAGCUUAUUUAAAGCAUUUUAUUUCUUUAGGCCCAAACAAAGCCUCGGCAAUGAUAAUAAAUUUGCUAUAGACUGUGACUGCCGACCGGCUCAUGUAAUCGUAUCAAGCACACAAAAUAAUUAACAAGUGGUACAAACACGAUAAUCUAAGGCUGCAUUGUUUAUCAGUUAACUUUUACACAUUGAUCAAUUUACACCUUUGAUAAUGUCAAGGCAUUAUUGUACUAAAUACAAACCGCGAGAUGAUCACGUGUCAGUCGGCAAGUGGCGUGACUAACAUCUAUCAGUAGCUAAUUAACAUACGACGCUCCGCCUUCUGCCAUAUUUCCGCUUGUGCCGGCGAACAAUAUUGAAAUUCACUGGGGUUUUGAUUGACAGGGAGGGGCAGAACUUUCGAACUUGAGACACAUCAAAGUAAAUUUCUGCGAGUCAAGCCAACGCACUUGGCAUAUUUUAUGCGGGUCAAAACCCGGGACCUUGGGUCAGCCGAACGCCCUGAUGACCCUUUUUUGUCUCAGAAGUUGUGGAAUAGUCAAGCGUGCUGUCUUAUGGGCAGCUCUUGUUGGUUAAUUAUAAGUGCUUUAUACUUGUACACUAUUAGCAUAAUUGUAGUUUUGUAUUUGCCUGUCAUGUAUUGGAACCAUUCUUUACAAUAAAGCCAAAAGGACCACUUUUGUGGUGUCUGUUUUGAAAAGAAGCUGGUUUUUAAGUAUUUUUAAAACAAAAUUUCUUUGUAAUAUUUUCAGUAAAAGAUGCAGAAACAAAACUCGUUAUUUAUAUUUAUGGAAAUCAUAUUCUUGAGUCAUUUGCUACUGUGUUUUGUUUAUCACAGAUACUUAUUUUGUUAUAAGUAAGUCAUGUCAAGAGUCUGAAUAUUUGUAUAACCCUUACCCUGCUAAAUUUCUAUAAUGAACUUGUCCAUCUUUCAAUUUGGACAGUACCAUUAACUGUUAAAAGGUGUGCUUACCAAAAAUUUACUGACUGAAUGGCAAACAUUGCACAUCAUGAUCAAGGAUGUGCAGGCUGAUCUUGGUCUGCACUGGUCAGAUACUAUUAGGCAGAAUCAUUUGUAGCCAGCUGGGUAAAGGUUAAAAUUUUAAGAUUCAAGAUUUUGAAUAUUUAUGAUUUUACGAUUUAAGAUUUUAGAUAUUUAUUUUCUUGAGUACAAGAAAUAAUCGAAGGUGUAUUGAUUUAGUUCUGUCUGUCUGUAUGUUACAAAGGUUGUCCACGCAAGUAGAUAUAAUAAAUUGACUGCUUGAAAUAUAAUGUUGUAUGCUAAAUAUAAUGAGUCAGUUGCAAGAAAAAAUAAAUGGAUAGCUCAGAAUAAAUAAAUAUUUGUUCUAAACAUACCAGUGUAAAGAAAGAAGUUUAUUAGGUAUUCUUAAGAAGCAGGAGAACUAACAAGAAGUUAUAUUUUGUAUAAACACAUCCUGUAAUAGCAUUUGUAAGCAUGUGUAAAUGCAUGGGCAUGCAUGUGUGUGUGUGUGUAUGUGUGUGUGUCUUAAACAGAUUAUUAAUGUUGAAUUGAUAAUUUCAUAUAUUGUUUGUAAAAAGUGUUAUAUAUAUGUAACGCCCAUGUAUUGCUCACAAAGAUAUGUAUUAUGAUACCUCAAUAGUAUUCACCAAAAUGUAUUGUGUAUGCACACUUCUGUUUGUUGGGAACAAUUGUUUUGCAUGAUGAUGUAAAUCUAGCUUUUGAAGGUUUUAUGAGGUAUUUUGUAUGGUGUCAAAUUCAUUGAACCAAUUUUAAACAACUGAUACUUUCAACAGGUCCAACAUUUUUAAAAUUUACAUGCAGUAUACCAUAGCCUGCCCAACAGAGACUUGUGUCGCAAGUUUGAACUGAUGGAUGAGGCAAAUGUUAUCAUAAUACUUACAGUGGUUUGACCUGCUCUUCUGAUUCAUAGGAAGUUGUCUAGUACUUGCAGAGAACAAGUUAGUACAGAAGCCAUCACAUUAUUGAAAUACCAGUGUAAAAUUACCUCUGACAUUAAACAUCUAAACCAUAGAGUGAAUCAUAAGUAUAAGAAUGUCAGCUGUUUCUCAGUAAUUAGUGCUUUGUUAUGCAACAGAUGCUAGCCUUUUUACUAUUGAUCUGCUUUUUAAAUGAAGAAACAGGGCUUGGGGAAAGAAAAGUAGAACAGUACUUGCUUUUUUAGGACAUAAGACACCAAAUUCUUGUAUUUUGAAUUUAUGUAAAAUUACUAUAAGUCACCUUUUUAUAAAUUUGCCUAUAGUUUGUAUUGUAGUAAGUGUGGACAUAUUGUGUAUAAUACAGAUUGUAGGGUUUUAUUUCGUUCCUUAGAAUUUUUUUCCUUAAGUUUACUCUGUGCUGAUAUUUUUCUUUAUACCAUUGCUUUAUGUUUGUUAGGCCAGGUCAAGUUUUUCUUAACAUUUUGUAUUUGUGGUUUUAGACACAUCUGGGAAUUUGUACAUUUUAUGAAUCAUUGGUUUCAUACCUUACAGGGAUAUCUUGAUAAAGUGCUAUUCUAAAUUUAGCUAUUUUUACAGUUUAUUACAUGUAAAUAAUUUUUACCAAGACUUACCAGAUACGAGCAGAAAGGUGGUUUAAAGUCUUAUUUGACCUGGUCUAAAGUUAGUUUCUUUUCGUUUUGUAUUUGUUUUGUUUCUGUGGCAACUAGUUGCUAGUCAGCUGCUUAAGGGUAGUGCAAUACUAGAUAUGGUUUUAUAUGUACAGAGAACAUAUGUAGAACAGAAGGGAUUGUGGUCUUGUUUCAUUAUUAAGGGUGAAAUUAUUAACUUGCUCUGAAUUUCUUCUUGACCCAAGAUAAAGGACGGGAAGACUAAGUUAAUCAUAUAGAAAUUAUUAUGUAUGGAGAAGAAGCCAUCUUUUAAUUAAAAUUUAUAGAAUGUUGACUGCUUGGUAUAGAUUGGAAGCUGGAUAACUUAGUCCAGCCUUGGUUUUAAAUUAGUAUAGAGAUAAGAUAAACUUUCCUGUUGUUUUUAUGCUCCCGGCAUCUACUGAUGGGGGAGGCAUAUAGUGAUUGUCCUGUCCGUUCGUCCGUCAGUGUGUCCGUUCAUCCGUCCGUAUGAGGUUAACCAAAUGGGACCGUUUCGUCUAGCAUCAAUACCCCUAACUAGAAUGACUUGAUAUUAAUGCAGUUGUAACCUGUGACCAUUCCUAAUCUUCAGACAUCACCUGACCUCAGUUUGACCUUGAUCUUGAACUUGACCUCGUUUUGGACUUAGGUUGCUUUGUAUCGACAAGGAUGCCACCGGGGGAAUCAAGCGUUUAUUGAAUGCAGCUCCUUGUUUUUUGUUGCAUUCACAAACAUCAAACAUUUUCAGUAACAACACUCUUAUAACAUGUUUUAAAACAUAACCACUGACUGGUAAUAUCCUUCAAGGUGUAUACUCUGUAUACAAACUUUUCACCCAACUCUUGGACAAAAGUAAAGUGUUUUUCAACAGAAAUUACAGUUGUUUAGAGAUUUAUUCUUGCCUACCUUGCAGACAAAGACAACAGUAUUCUUGCUAGGAAAAAAGACAAGCUUCACACCUGCAUUUUGAUGUCAUAAUCACAUGUACAAUUUUAUAAUUUACAGUAUCUUUAAAAAAAUGGCAAAGGUAGGCAAGAAAAUAAUCUUACAUAUGUCCUUGUGUUAGAUAGGUGUUUUUCCCUCCCUUAGGACAGAGUGGGUCAGAAACCUCAUUGGCACUCAGUUUUUUAUUCACUGCUAUGCCUUGGGUUCGGAAAGCCCUGUCCUACACAGGCUGACAUACGAGUCUUAUAAUGACCCCACUGUUCCCCUGUUAUUGAAGAUGUAUUUUAGGUGCUUCUUAGGCCAUUAAUUCUCUAUAUUGUAGCAGUGCUUACUAUCAGUCUUCUCUGUCCGCUUGUUUUAUCCCCUGUACUUUUCUACAUCUUUGUUUGGUACAAACUCUUAUUGAAGACUAUCUGUUUGAAUCAGACAGUCUGAAAUGAUCAUUUCUGAAAAAAAGUUUAAAAAACAUUCUGGAAACUUGUGAAUUUCUUGUAGAGUCAACCAUCAGCAGAAAUAAUUUUGGUCGUAUUCUUACUGAAACAUCACUAUAUGUUUCCAUGGCCAAGAACAACUUAUAUAAUUUCUGCAAAAGCAAUUGUUGGUCUAUUAUUGAAGGCUGUAUUGUAUUCAGGUUAUACCUGUAGAUGUUUUGUAUUCACAAGUUUAUUUCCACAGCAUAUGUACUGUAUUUACUCAUUGGAGAGACUUGACUUUCUAAGUUAUAUGACAAUCAUUAGUUUGUAUAAUCUGCUCACAUUGUUGUGUCCUCCAGAUAGAUAGAUGUUACAGUUGUGACAUUAAAUUGUUUUUUUUUCAUGUAACACACAGUAUAUUGGAUGUUACAUUAGGUGUUACAGUUGUGACAAUGAUUUGUUACUCACUGUUGUCAUAAUAUCCAGAUAUUACACAUGUUUAAUGAUAUUGAAAUAAAUUGUUCAUGUAAAGAAUAUAGGACAUUUCUUAAAUGUUACAGUAUAGAUGAUAACUGGUGACAUAUUAGUCUUGAUAUCCAGAUAUGACACCAGGUAUUACAUAUACAGCAACAGAUGUAUCAGACUGAGAGUAUUUGAAAUGCUGAAUUAUAAAAAACAUUACAAUUGGCAAUGAUAUCGAAUUUCAGAGGUCAGCAUCACUGUGUGACAGUGAUGGAAUGUGUACAAACCCAAUUAUUUUUCAUACUCUGACUUAUUUAUGAACUAAAGACCAAUUAUUGCUAUACAACAGAUACUGGUGGGUGUAUUAAAAAUGUGGGGUAUCUAUUGUAACCAAUAGCCCCAAAUAACCUUUAUGUUUAUUUUGCUUUCACUGCUGUAAGAUAUAUAUACAUUUAUAAUACUCUUCCACAAUCUUACCCUGAUUUAUAUACUCCCUAAUCUUCCCUGCUGCUUAUAUAUCUUUAGUGUAUCUGUAUUUUUUUUAUUAGCAUUUAAUUUUUUUGUGAACAAACUUGUAUUUGAUAUUUUUUCCAACAUUGUUAUACCUGUUUUUUUUUUAUUUUAUAUUUGAACUAUGUUCUUGAUGAACUUACUGUAUCUGUGCUUGUUGUAGUGUUCUUCAGAUUUUGCUAUUUCCCCAGGAACAACAAGUAUUUGUGUACUACUUUGGAGUCAUGCCUUUCUGUUUGUCCCUCCAUCCAACAUAUUGGUCAUAUUGGAGGUCAAAGGUCAAAUAGCUGUAUUUCUUGUCCAGUCAAUAUCUCUUAAACCACUACAAGAUUUUUUUUUAAACCAGAAUCAGUUUUUAAGCUGGUCAGUAUGACAUGCAGAGAGUGGUUGACCUGUAAGAAAGUAUUGUCAGGGAUAUAGUUUAAGCCCAUGUUUAUUUGAAACAUCUUUGAAAUGUAGCUGUUAUGUGUAUGAUGUAAUUUGGUAGCUCAUGCAACAUGAUUGGGGUCAUAUCAGGAAUAGUGAUUCCAUGUUUGGUCGUGCUUUAAGGGAAGACUUUAUUUCAUGUAUUUAGUACAUUACUUGUUACAAACUACUUUUCAUAAAAGGUAAUGAGUACAGUCUCUCAGACUUGCGUUUGUGAACCAUUAAUGGUAGUUGGCAAUUGUUCUCAUCUACUAGUCUGGUAGUUUUGAAGCUCAUACAAGCACUUGACUUCCAUGAUCAGCUGGGAAAUGCAGGAUGGUAAUUGACAACUGGCAUUAGGGAUCAAAAUGUCUUGUAUCUUGAGCAUGACUUUAAACAUAAGUGAGAGCUAUUCUACUCACCUUGGCACCAGCGUCGCCAUCAUCAUCAGUGCCACAUGGUUAAACUUUUGCAUGUAAGCUCUUUUUUCAGUAACCAUUGCAUGCAUUGGAUUGAAACUUUACACAGCGCUUUCUGUUCAUCAGCCCUAUUGAAAUACCCUGAAAUCCUGAAAAUAAGCCACGGCUUAUUUUAAAUUUUCGUAAGGAUUUGGUGGCUUAUUAUCAAGACUGGCUUAUUUUUGAGUCCGGCGAACUUUUGAGUACAUAAUAUUCACUAACUGUUUAAAAACCGGUGUAUUUUUUUGUUGAGUACCAAAAUACUGAAGAUAUGGAUGUCAUAUAGUUUGCUUUUUAAGCUCACCUGUCACGAAGUGACAAGGUGAGCUUUUGUGAUCGCGCAGUGUCCGUCGUCCGUUCGUGCAUCCCUCCGUGCGUAAACUUUUCCUUGUGACAUCUCUAGAGGUCACAUUUUUCAUGGGAUCUUUAUGAAAAUGGGUCAGAAUGUUCAUCUUGGUAAAUUCUAGGUCAAGUUCGAAACUGGGUCACGUGCCUUCAAAAACUAAGUCAGUAGGUCUAAAAAUAGAAAAACCUUGUGACCUCUCUAGAGGCCAUAUAUUUCACAAGAUCUUCAUGAAAGUUGGUCAGAAUGUUCACCUUGAUGAUAUCUAGGUCAAGUUCGAAACUGGGUCACGUGCCAUCAAGAACUAGGUCAGUAGGUCAAAUAAUAGAAAAACCUUGUGACCUCUCUAAAGGCCAUAUUUUUCAUGGGAUCUAUAUGAAAGUUGGUCUGAAUGUUCAUCUUGAUGAUAUCUAGAUCAGGUUCGAAACUGGGUCACGUGCGGUCAAAAACUAGGUCAGUAGGUCUAAAAAUAGAAAAACCUUGUGACCUUUCUAGAGGCCAUAGAUUUCACAAGAUCUUCAUGAAAAUUGAUCAGAACGUUCACCUUGAUGAUAUCUAGAUUAAGUUCGAAACUGGGUCACGUGCCGUCAAAAACUAGGUCAGUAGGUCAAAUAAUAGAAAAACCUUGUGACCUCUCUAAAGGCCAUAUUUUUCAUGGGAUCUGUAUGAAAGUUGGUCUGAAUGUUCAUCUUGAUGAUAUCUAGGUCAUUUUGGAAACUGGGUCACGUGCGGUCAAAAACUAGGUCAGUAGGUCUAAAAAUAGAAAAACCUUGUGACCUCUCUAGAGGCCAUAUAUUUCAUGAAAUCUUCAUGAAAAUUGGUCAGAAUGUUCACCUUGAUGAUAUCUAAGUCAAGUUCGAAAGUGGGUCAAGUGCCUUCAAAAACUAGGUCAGUAGGUCAAAUAAUAGAAAAACCUUGUGACCUCUCUAGAGGCCAUAUUUUCCAUGGGAUCUGUAUGAAAGUUGGUCUGAAUGUUCAUCUUGAUGAUAUCUAGGUCAAGUUUGAAAGUGGGUCACGUGCCGUCAAAAACAAGGUCAGUAGGUCAAAUAAUAGAAAAACCUUGUGACCUCUCUAAAGGCCAUAUUUUUCAAUGGAUCUUCAUGAAAGUUGGUCUGAAUGUUCAUCUUGAUUAUAUCUAGGUCAAGUUCGAAACAGGGUCAUGUGCGAUCAAAAACUAUGUCAGUAGGUCUAAAAAUAGAAAAACCUUGUGACCUCUCUAGAGGCCAUACUUGUGAAUGGAUCUCCAUAAAAAUUGGUCAGAAUGUUCAUCUUGAUGAUAUCUAGUUCAAGUUCGAAAGUGGGUCACGUGCCAUUAAAAAGUAGGUCAGUAGGUCAAAUAAUGAAAAAACGUUGUGACCUCUCUAGAGGCCAUAUUUUUCAUGGGAUCUGUAUGAAAGUUGGUCUGAAUGUCUAUCUUCAUGAUAUCUAGGUCAAGUUUGAAACUGGGUCAACUGCGAUCAAAAACUAGGUCAGUAGGUCUUGAAAUAGAAAAACCUUGUGACCUCUCUAGAGGCCAUACCCUUGAAUGGAUCUUCAUGAAAAUUGGUCAGAAUGUUCACCUUGAUGAUAUCUAGGUCAAGUUUGAAACUGGGUCACGUGCCUUAAAAAACUAGGUCAAUAGGUCAAAUAAUAGAAAAACCUUGUGACCUCUCUAGAGACCAUAUUUUUCAAUGGAUCUUCAUGAAAAUUGGUCAGAAUUUUUAUCUUGAUAAUAUCUAGGUCAAGUUCAAAACUGGGUCACAUGAGCUCAAAAACUAGGUCACUAUGUCAAAUAAUAGAAAAAACGACGUCAUACUCAAAACUGGAUCAUGUGGGAAGAGGUGAGCAAUUCAGGACCAUCAUGGUCCUCUUGUAGUAAAAACUUCGACGUCGAUAAAUACUUAUACUUCUGACAUACCAGUUUUGUUACAAUUUAUUUCAAUUUCUUAAUGAAAAUAAUCCGAUGCUUACAGAUAAUUACCCAUUAAAAGCUUUUGUCUGGCCUAACAAACAAAUACACAUCUGAUUUAAUCGGCCAACGGGUAUGAAUAACUUACACAAUAGGUGAUAAACACAGGUCUGUGUUAUACAGACCUGUCAAGUUAAUUUGUAGAAUUACUGACGUGACAAGAAGUGUUUGAGUCAGGAUUUUUUCGCUUUUAAAGUUUUGAUUUGUCCAGGGUUUUAAAUAUCAGCAUAACUUGCAUUGUUUUAGGUGUUUUUAUUCCAGAGUAUGUUUUAUUGUUAUUACGUGUGGAAAUAAAUCUGCUACGUACACGUUGGUAACUUUUGCUAUCUUAUAUGGUGUCCUAACAAAGUCAUUGACACUAUUACUGAUACAAAAAAUUAGACAGCUUAUUUCUGAGUGCGGCUAAUUUAUGAGCCCUUUGUGCCUGUAGUGAAAUGGUGGCUUAUUUUCAAGACCGGCUUAUUUUCAGAAUCGGCUUAUUUUCGGGAUUUCAGGGUAACUAUGUUAGAUAACUUGUGCUUGAAUUUAAUACAAAUUGCCAUAGUAAAAUUUUAAUAUCUAAUUAUAUAUUGUUAUAAAAUAAUGGAGUUACACAUGUCUUGCCAAGUUAUGGCCCUUGUUAAAUUAACAAGUUGUGGAAUAGUCAAGCAUGUUGUCAGAUGGACACCUCUCGUUCCAAAUUCGGUGAUUUUUUCUCUUUGUUUAAAGUUGUAUGAAAACCUUAUUUUUUUUUUGUGUCAUCCCGAAUAAUAACAAUUGUUUUUGUUGCUCCUUAGAUGAUUAUUUUCUUUCUGUGAAUGUUAAAUAACAUCCAGUCUUAUCUUGUUCUGUAAGGCUAGUUAUUUAUCUGAUAUUACAAUGAUAAUAUUGACAUAACACUUGGCACACGAUACUAUUUUUAUAUAAAAUUAUAAUAAAGGCAUAUUAAAUUCUCAA